AUGACGCCUGGGAAAUGGGCCCCCCUGCCCACUUUCCAGCCCGCUGGUUCUGCUGCUUGCUGCCACAGCACCAACAUCGCCAAGGCGGAGGUAGCAGGUCCGCACCCCCCAGCUCCAGGAGCUGGCUGGGAUGCCACUUAUCGGGUGUCUCUGCAGCAGCUCUGUCAGCCUGUGACCUGCAGGUACUGGAAGAUCUGUAGGGAGGACGCCGGGACAUCCGGAAGCUGGGAAAUGGGAAUGUUGACAUUCAAGGACGUGUCUAUAGAGUUCUCUAUGGAUGAGUGGGCCUGCCUGGACCCUACUCAGCACACUUUGUAUCGGGACGUCAUGUUGGAGAACUACAGACACCUGGUCUUCCUAGGUCUUGCUGUCUCUAAGCCAGACCUCAUCACCUGUCUGGAGCAAAGCAAAGAACCCUGGAUGGUGAAGACUCACCAGACAGUAGUCAAGCACCCAGAUGUAUCUAAUCAUUCUACCCAAGACCAUUUCCAAGAGCUGGGCACAAAUAUAUUAUACCCAGAGAUAACACUGAGAAGAUAUCAAAGUUGUGGCCUGGAGAACUUAAACUUAACAAAAGACUGGGAAAGUGUUUCUGAAUGUACUCAGCAGAAAGUAUGUUACAGUGGAUGUGACCAAUGUUUAACAGCUAGCCAUGGCAAAGUCUGCCAAUGUAGUAAAUAUACGAGAGUGUUUAGACAUUUGUCAAAUCUAAAUAGACAUAACAUGAUAUAUACCAUCGAGAAAAUGUUUAAGUGUGAAAAUUAUGGGAAAGCCUAUAACCACUGCUCACACAUUGCUAAAUGUAAGAUAAUGCAUAUUGGAGAAAAACAGUACAAAUGUAAAGAAGGUGGCAAAGGCUUUAAAUUUUGCUCAAGCCUAUCUAACCAUAAGAAACUCCACCCUGGGGAGAAACUCUAUAAGUUUAAAAAUUAUGGGGAAUGUCUUAGGCAUAGAUCAAAAUAUUAUAACCAUAAGAGUAUUAAUACUGGAAGAAAAGCCUACAACUAUAAAGAAUGUGAUGAACUUACCAAUCAGUACUCACAUCUUUCUGGACAUGAAAGAAUUUAUUCUGGAGAGAAACACUACAAAUGUCAAGAAUGUGGCAAAGCCUUUAACAAUAGUGUAACCCUUACUAAACAUCAAAGAAUUCAUUCUGGGGAGAAACCCUACAAAUGCGAAGAAUGUGGCAAAGCUUUUAAGCAGUACCCAAGUCUUUCUAGACAUAAAAGAAUUCAUUCUGGAGAGAAACCCUACAAAUGUGAAGAAUGUGGAAAAGCCUUUAACUGGUACUCAACACUUUCUGUACAUAGAAGAAUUCAUUCUGGAGAGAAACCCUACAAAUGUCAAGAAUGUGGCAAAGCCUUUAAUUAUAAUUCAAACCUUACUAUACAUCAAAGAAUUCAUUCUGGAGAGAAACCCUACAAAUGUCAAGAAUGUGGCAAAGCCUUUAACCGGCACUCAAACUUUUCUGUACAUCAAAGAGUUCACUCGGGAGAAAAAUCCUACAAAUGUGAAGAAUGUGGCAAAGCCUUUAAGCAGUACACAAGUCUUUCGAGACAUAAAGGAAUUCAUUCUGGAGAGAAACCCUACAAAUGUCAAGAAUGUGGCAAAGCCUUUAAUUAUAAUUCAAACCUUACUAUACAUCAAAGAAUUCAUUCUGGAGAGAAACCCUACAAAUGUCAAGAAUGUGGCAAAGCCUUUAACCGGCACUCAAACCUUUCUGUACAUCAAAGAAGUCACUCGGUAGAAAAACCUUACAAAUGUGAAGAAUGUGGCAAAGCCUUUAAGAAGUACCCAAGUCUUUCUAAACAUAAAAGAAUUCAUUCUGGAGAGCAACCCUACAAAUGUCAAGAAUGUGGCAAAGCCUUCAACCGGCCCUCAAACCUUUCUGUACAUCAAAGAAGUCACUCGGGAGAAAAGUCCUACAAAUGUGAAGAAUGUGGCAAAGCCUUUAAGCAGUACCCAAGUCUUUCUCAACAUAAAAGAAUACAUUCUGGAGAGAAACCCUACAAAUGUCAAGAAUGUGGCAAAGCCUUUAUCUGUUACUCAAAACUUUCUGUACAUAGAAGAAUUCAUUCUGGAGAGAAACCCUACAAAUGUGAAGAAUGUGGCAAAGCCUUUAACCAGUACGCAACCCUUUCUAGACAUAAAAGAAUUCAUUCUGGAGAAAAACCUUACAAAUGUGAAGAAUGUGGCAAAGCCUUUAUUGUAUACACAAAGCUUACUAGGCAUAAAAGAAUUCAUUCUGGAGAGAAACCCUACAAAUGUCAAGAAUGUGGCAAAGCCUUUAAGUGGAACUCAAUCCUUUCUGUACAUCAAAGAAUUCAUUCUGGAGAGAAACCCUACAAAUGUGAAGAAUGUGGAAAAGCCUUUACUCUGCGUUCAUACCUUUCUGUACAUAGAAGAAUUCAUUCUGGAGAGAAACCCUACAAAUGUCAAGAAUGUGGCAAAGCCUUUAAACGGAACUCACACCUUUCUGUGCACCAAAGAAUUCAUUCUGGAGAGAAACCCUACAAAGUCAAGAAUGUGGUAAAACCUUUAAUUAGUGUGUAACCUUUCUAAAAUACAAGAAUUCAUUCAAGGGAGAAACCUUAUAAACAGAACACUGUGGCAAACCCUUUAUUCACAUUCAAACCUCACUGUACAUAAAAUAAAUCAUACAGGACAGAAACCCUACAAAUAUGAAGAAUGUGGAAGUAUCCUUACCUGGUGUUCAUAGCUUGCUAAGGAUAAAAGAAUUCACAAUGGAGAGAAAUUCUACAAAUGAGAACAGUGUGGUAAUGCCUUUUACUGGAGCUCAAACCUUACAACACAUAAGAAAAUUCAGAUUGGAAAGAAAUUUUACAAAUGUGAAUGAUGCGGCAAAAAUUUUCAGUGGUCUUCAGCCCUUAGUAAAACAUAAGAGAAAUCAUAGCAGAGAAAAAUGGUAACAUUAUGAAGAUGUGGCAAACCCUUAUGCCAGUAGUGACAGUUUUUUUACAUAAUAGAAUUCUUUUUUUGUUUUUUGUGACAGUGGCUUACUAUGUCACCGUUGGUAGAGUGUUGUGGCAUCACAGCUCACAGCAACUUCCAGAUCCUGGGCUUAGGCAACUCUCCUGCCUCAGCCUCCCAAGUAGCUGGGAACACAGGCACUGGCCACAAUGCCUGGCUAUUUUUUGUUGCAGUUUGGCCAGGGCCGGGUUCAAACCCGCCACCUUCAGUAUAUGGGGCUGGCACCCUACCCACUGAGCCACAAGCACUACCCCACAAAAAAAUUCUUAUUGAAUAAAAACUGUACAAAUGUGAAGAACUUGACAAGUGUUCAACUUGUCCUCAAACCAUUCUAUAUAUGAAAACUUUAUAUAACAGAGAAAAAUCCCUACAAAUUUGAAGUGUCAAAUCCUGUAAUCUCACACAUUUCAGUACCUGACAGAAUUCCUAGCAAAAUUCUAUAUAUGUGAAGAGUGAGAAAAUGUUUUUAAAUAUUCCUCACACUUUUCUAAUCAUAAUUCAUAUGGAAGAAAUACUCUAGAAAUGUCCAUCAUGUCUCAAGGCCUUAAAAUUUUGUUUAUACUGUUCAAUAGGUCUAAGGAGAGACAGGGGAAAUGAUAAAUGAUACUGGGAAUUUUUUUGUCCUUAACAAAAAAACACAUUGACUAGGGGGGCCUUCCAUGGAAAAAACGUUGGCAUUUGAAGAAAGCUUCCAAAACCUGAUGUUUUCCCUACAAAAAAUGGGCCUCAGAGGUAGAGAGGCCACAAAAAGGGAUCUUUGAAGCAGGUAUACAAUUAAGGAGACGGCAGCUGCAAGUGACCUAUUUUCUACAGUAUAAUAAAAUUCACACCACUUCUAUCACACUUUACAAAUAAAACGACAACAUGUGGAUAUGGAUUAUAGGGAGCGAAAUGGGAGGACUCUCCAUUCUGGAAGAUUUUUCCCUUUCCAGGAAAAAUCAUGAAUAUUUUACCCCCAUACCACUUAACAUAGUAUUGGAAAAUCUCUAUAAAGGGGAAAAAUCUUACUAAACCCAAGGUCUUCUCUACAUGAAAAUGUAGUGUCUUCCUUCUCUAGAGUGUCCUUUAAUAAACUGACCUUUUGUUUGUUUAUUUAUUUAUUUGUUUGUUUAUUUAUUUAUUUAUUGGGAGGACUGGUUCUUUAUUUCAAAAAGACAUAUAUCAAUAUUCAGUAUCCAACCAGUUGCACUACUGGUUUUCUCUUUGUCCCCAUUGGCCCCAAAGACACCACACGAAAGGAGAGUACAUUUUAAGCCAAUAAGCUGCAGAAUGUACACCUAACAGGCCUCCCUCAGAGAAACCUCACCAAAAAGCGGGGACUGGGCAGGGAAAGAAACUUGAAAAGGUUUUCAGUACACUGCCAGCUCAAAGUAGAGAGCUCUCACAGCCAGUUGCGGGGGCCAGGGUGCCCCAAACCAAACGAAGCAAGGUUUCAAAUAAUAUAAAAUUGUUAGAAUCUUGUACAUAAGCCAUUCAA